AUGGCCGACAGAACUCAAAACAUAAUCAGGAGGCUUCAAACUUUGGCUCCAGCUGCGGAAUUUUCUGACAGCGAUGACGACGAUGAGGAGAUUCCUAGGGAAGAAUUUGGGCCACUUAAUAAGCGGCCGCGGUUCAUCGAAUCGGCGGCGCAUUCGCCACCCCAACUCCAAGUGCGACCGCAGAGCCCGAUUCAACAGUCGCAGACGGUUACGGGAUCGAACACGUACAUAGAAGAGGUACCUGCUUCGAGUUCCGAWGGGUAUGAGACCACGACGGAUGAAGAUGACGAUCUUUUCGACAUCGAGGAAGACGACGAUCUGGACGACAUAGACGAUCUGGAUGAAGGUGAAGAAGAAGAUCCUGACGACGUGGAGGAGGAAGGAGGAGAAGAAGUGAAUACGGGAGGCGAGGAGGAGGGGGACGAUAGUGUUGCGGAAGGCGAACAUCAGCAGCAGCAUGUGACGGAGCCUCCUACUUCGGUAGCAUCGCUGACAGGACGAGAAGCAAAUGCCGGUGAUGCACGUAACGCUKUUGCAGCGGCGUUAGAUGCUGCAACUACGGUGAUGCUAACCGAUAAGACCUUGCUGGAUUGCCCAGGCUGCCUCAAACCUUUGCGUGCCCCGAUCUACCAGUGUGAAAAUGGACACGUCUCAUGUUCCACCUGUUGCGACAAUGCGAAUGGUAUGUGUCUUUCGUGCACCUCACCAGUCGACUUCACUCGUAACCUAGCCAUGGAGAAGCUAACUGAAUCAAUCCUAGCAUACUGCAAAUACAGGAUAUUUGGUUGCACCGAGAUCAUGAUUUACCACAAACUUGUUGAGCAUGAACAAGUCUGCCCCCAAAUCACAUGUUUAUGCCCUCAUCCCUCAUGCUCAUUUGUUGGAUUUGCGGAAGACCUUUACGACCAUUUCAACAUAUGUCAUCCAUCUUCUGCUACUCCUUUUACUUUUGACACUGCCUUUGCUAUUACCUGUGAAAACAACCAGAAACAUGUGUUUCUUCAAGAACGCAAUGAACAGGUCAUCUUCAUUCUAAACCAUGACCUUGGAGAAAACAAUAGAACCUUCUAUGUAGAUUGCAUUGGGCCGGCCAAAUUCAACAGAGUGUUUGUCUACCAGCUAACCGCAAAACAUUUGGAGACAUAUUUAUCUUUACAGACUGUGCCGGAAGUCUAUGUGAAAUGGGAACAACAUGCACCCAACAAGAAGUAUCUAACUAUUCCGGCAGACUUUCUGGAUGGAAACAUUGAUCAAUUCGUCAUAAAUAUAUGUAUUAAGAAAGCUCAUCCGUUUGAGUGA